AGGCAACGAGUUUGCUUCUUCGACUCCGUACUGGCAAAAUCCUUCUUAUUUCUGGCCUUCCGUCAGCAGGGAGAGAAGCAGGCAAGAUCCGAGAAGAAAGAAGAGAAGGAAGGAGGCCAAGAUGGGGUGCUUGGCUUCCAUUCCUUGCCUCUCCCUCCUCCUCCUCCUCCUCCUCUCACAGUUCUUCUCUGCCGCCUUCGCAGGAAACUUCACCUGCAACGCCACCCCCAGCGCCACCUGCCGGGGGCUGGCCGGCUACGUGGUGCCCAACGACACCACCUACGGCCACAUCCGAAGCCUCUUCCAGGUGGACACCCUCGCCUCCAUCCUCGGCGCCAACAACAAAUCCCUUUCCACCCCCGCAACCCAGCCCGUCCCGGCCAACUCCACCGUCCUCGUGCCAUUUCCGUGCCGCUGCGUCAACGGCACCGGGAAGUCGGACGGUGUCCCGGUCUACACGGUGAAGUCCACCGACACCGGCCUCGACGACAUCGCGCGGAACACCUUCGACCUGUUCGCGACCUACCCGGAGAUCGCCGACGCCAAUAAUAUAACGAACGCCAACGUGAUCACCCCGGGAGAGAAGCUGUACAUCCCGCUGCCGUGCAGCUGCGACCCGGUGCAGGGCGAGGAGGUGGCGCACCUGGCGCACGUCGUGGCGGCCGGGAGCACGGUGGCGGGGAUAGCGGCGAUGUUCGGGACCGACGAGGACACGCUGCUCCAGUUGAAUGGAAACUUCCAGCCCGCGAGCCUCAAGGCCGGCCAGAUCCUCGACGUCCCUCUCGGUGUUUGUUCAUCCUCAAUUAGAUCCACUUCUUUGGACUACGACUUCAUGCGCCUCCCCGCUAAAAGUUACGCACUCACGGCCAAAGGCUGUGUCCUCUGCGGCUGCAACAACGACACCUAUCAGUUGGACUGCAAACUAAACCAGAGCAUGAGCUCUGCGUGCCCUGCGGAACGAUGUGCAAGAGAUCUGAAAAUCGGCAACUCAUCCACCUCUGGAUGCGAGAUCACGGCAUGCGACUAUGCUGGCUAUGCCAAUUCCUCUGCAAGCGGAUUUGAAAUCCUUGCUGUUAACACCACCAAAAACAUCUGCAACAGCUCUGCACCGGCCGGGCUGGGACUGAAGGUGUCCUUGUGGUCAGGGCUUCUUAUACUCCUUCACAUGGCUUUGAUGGGUCCUCCUUUCCUGUGACAGAAUGAGCACGGUUUAUUGUUUUUCCAAUACGGCUGUUGUAUCAUCUUUUUUAUUCCUGUAAUUCUUAUUCUCUAUCUUCUCUGAUUCAUGGACAAUAAGACUUUCGAAAUAUAUAUAGAUUAAUAGAUUAAAGAUUUUCUUAAGCUA